AGCAGCAGUACCCAACCAUUGCCCGUUUCGAGGAGAAGGAAAACGCUCCCCUCCUCCUUCCCCUCUUUCCCCUUCUCUUGCGUCCUUUCCGCAUUUAUAGCACCGCAGCCAAAGUGAAGGAGAUUCGUGAACUCGAUCCUUAUCCCUACCACUCUAUAUCUCUUCCUUCGUUCGUCCAAAGGGAACUUGCGAUCUCUCUCUCUCUCUCUCGUGGCAUUUACUCCCAUCUCCUUUACUCAUUUAAUGGCCGGGAAAGGAGGGAACUUUCCGAUUUCGAGCUAGCUACGCCCUGUUGCAGGUGGGAUCCCCGCCACUGAAGGCUUCGAGAUUCGCCCGCUUCCCCUCGCCUCGCCCCCCGUCUACUUUAAAGGCGCCCCGGAAGAGAGAAAGCGAAGGGCGUCGUGUGACAAGUAAUGGGGAGGGCGCCUUGCUGCGACAAGUCCGGGCUAAAGAAAGGGCCGUGGACGCCGGAGGAGGACAAGAUCUUGGUCGACUACAUCCAGUCCCACGGCCACGGCAGCUGGCGCUCCCUCCCUAAGCUUGCAGGUCUGCUUCGGUGCGGGAAGAGCUGUCGGCUGCGGUGGACUAACUAUCUGAGGCCGGACAUCAAGCGUGGCCCCUUCACCCCAGAGGAGCAGAAGUCCAUCAUCCAACUCCACGCCAUUGUCGGCAACAAGUGGUCGACCAUAGCGGCUCAGCUACCGGGGCGGACGGACAACGAGAUCAAGAACUUUUGGAACACCCACCUCAAGAAACGCCUCCUCCGCAUGGGCCUCCUCCACCCGGACCCCUCCGACUCCUCGCCCGCCGCCGCCUCCUCCCGCCACAUGGCUCAGUGGGAGAGCGCCCGCCUCGAGGCCGAGGCCCGCCUAUCCCGCGAGUCCCUGUUCGCUCACUCCGCGUCCGCCGCCGCGGCCGCUGCCGUCACCAACCCCGCCGUCAACCUCCCGCCUCUCAAGCCCGAGCCCGACUUCUUCCUCAGGAUCUGGAACUCCGAGAUAGGCGACGCGUUCCGGAAGGCCGCGGCCUCCGCCACCGACGAGUCGUCUCCGGAGUCGUCCUUCACGCGACAGAGCUCCGCCGCGGCAGUGAAGACGGAGCCGCCGCCUGCGGCGAGGGAGGAGACGGAGAGCAAGAGCUGCGUCACGGGCGGCGGGCCGCCGGUGGUGGCUGGAAUGGACGACUCCUCGGGGUCCAACGAGGUGGUGGACGACGUGUCGGAGGAGUCGUACCAGCUCUAUCUGGACUUCGGCAGCGGCGACGACGAUCUGGGCCUGUUCGGCGGCCAGGUUGGAGCCUUCUCUUCCCUCUUCUCCAGCGAUCUCAACGUGGAGACGUCCCUCGACACCGCGUUCAAGUGAAUGCUAUGCUAUCUUCUCGACUGUUAAACGAGCGCUAACUAUGGAGCUUACGCAGCCACUAGAUAUAAUAUAUGUUCUUAGAUAAUCUUCUUGGUACGUACAACGUGAAUGAACUGUGGGUUUCCUCAUCUUUCUUCACGCACGUUUUCUGGCAUACUUAUGAGAUGACAUGAUUAAAUGGAAGGUUUUGUAAUUACUGAGCUGUUGAUAUGUCUUUUGUCCUUGAGGA